AUGAAGUUCUCCCAAGCCACCCUUCUCGCCUUGGCCACCGCUGCCGUCGCCAACGGCUCUGCGAUCCCCGCGGCUCAAGCCAACGCCGCCCCCGUUGCCUUCAACCAGGACCAGUUGAUCGGUGCCUUGCAGAACUUGAACGCCGUCUUGAACGAAGCCACCACCCACAAGCGUGAGUUGACUCCCGAAGAGAUCCAGUUGGCCACCAGAGACCUUGGUCUGGCCAUUUCCGGGGUCAUUUCUGCUUUCCUCAACCUGGGAAUCCUUGGUGACAUCUGGAAUACCCUCACCACCGACCAAAAUCUUAGAGACCAAAUUGUUUCGCUCGUCAAGCUGGCCAUCUCCGGUUUGUUCGCGGCGUUGCCCAACUUGUUGCUGGCGAUCUGGAACUCGGGAUUGCUCCAAAAGAUCUUCAAUAAGCUUGUCAACGACAAAGGGUUGCAACAGGCCCUCGUCAACUUGAUCAAGGAAGCUUUCUCGGCCAUCUUGGGCUACUUCACCGGCUCGUCGUCGUCGUCCACCCCUCAACAACAACAAAAGCGGGCGGAAAUGAUCCAAAGAGACCUCGGUGACAUCAUUUCGUCCAUUUUCAACUGGAUCACCAACUGGGUGUCGCAAAACCCCCAGGCGUUCGAAAACUUCUUGACCAACGCCAUCAACUUCUUGGCCCAGAUCGGCGGUACUUUGUUCAACUGGUUGCAAUCUCUGGGUAUCUGGGACAAGCUCAUGAAGUGGGUCGGCGAGAACUCCGGCGGCAUCGUUGACUUCCUCGUCAAGCUCCUCGGCGGCAUCUUCGGGACGCUGCUGAACCCUCAAGCGUCGCAAGCGGUGGCUGACUUGCUGACCGCCGCCGCUCUGGCUCUGGCUAAGGCAUCCGCUAAGGCCUCGGCCACUGGCGGCGCUGCUGCCGCCACCACCACUGGUUCGUCGGGUAACAUCCUCAGUGACUUGCUUGGUGGUAUUGGCGGUGCUGCUUCCGCUGCCACUAGCGGCAAUGCCGGCGCUGCUUCCGUCGCUUCCGCCGCGACCUCGGCCGCCGGUGCCGCCGCCCCCGCCGUUAGCCUGGCUGCCAGCGCUGCUGCUACCGCUGCCACUGGUGCCGCUGGUGCCGCUGGUGUCCCCACUACCCGCACGCUGACCGUGGCUCCUGCCGGCACUGCCGGCGCUGCCGGCGCCGCCGAUGCCGGUGCCGCGGGUGCGACUGCUGCCGGUAACGUUGGUGCUGCCGGCACUGUCGACGCCGGUGCUGCCGGUGUUACUGCCGCUGCUGGUGCCGGCGCCACUGCCGGCGCUGCUGGUGGCGACGUCUACAACUCGUUGUUGGCUGCCUACGGCGGUGGGGCUACUCAAAAGAAGAGAAGAGUCAUGUACUAA